AUGAGCCCCCGACGGUCUUCUCGUGCUCGUACCUCCCAACCUUCGCCGGCAAUCCAUCACACAAAUUCUUCCAGCUCUUCGAAUUCACACUCCAUGACUCGAGAACGAAGCACGAGAUCGAACCACAAAAACCCCUCCCCACGCUCUCAGUCCGAUGACGACGCAGACAAGGGCGAUUUUCGCGAGACGCGCCAACGCCAACGCGCGAGAGGCGACGACGAAAACGAUCUACAAUCAAAACUGGGCGAUGGGGAGGACGACGAUGUGGAAGAGGAGGAUGAAGAAGAGGUUACUCGCUGCCUCUGUGGACAACAGGAUUACCCAGGCCUUCCCGCGUCUCGUCGGGAGGCCCUCGGUCGCAAUGGCGCGCGGGGUGGAAUCAAAGAUGAGAAUCCUCCAAAUUUCUCCGUGAACUCGUCCGACUUGGUGUCAGAUGAUGUCGGUAGCAUGUUCAUCCAAUGUGACUCCUGCAAAGUCUGGCAACAUGGUGGCUGUGUAGGGAUCAUGGACGAGGCUAUGAGCCCUGAUGAGUAUUUCUGUGAAGAGUGUCGAAAAGACCUACACAGGAUCAGGAGCGAAGCAAAUGGAUCACAUUCUUCUCAGUACCUUCCCGUCGCUCCUCUUCCCCCCUCUACGGUAUCAUCCCGAGACUCUUCGCGAGAUAAUUCAAAGCGUGGGAAGGAUCAGAAAUCACGAAAUUCGGACUCUUUUCCCAACCCGAAGCGUCGAUCUACCAUGAACAGUCGUGACGCGGCUUAUGACGAGGAGGAGCAGUUGCGACGGGCCAUUGAAGAAAGCAAGGAAGAUAACAAAACUACUGACGGGGAGGAAAGCGCUAGCCGGAGACCCAAAAGGAGCCGAAGCGAUAGUGAAGCAUACCGGCAGGGAGCAAAACGACAGCGGACCAGCUCGCCUUCCCCUGAUAUUAAUUCAAAACAAAGUAAUCCAGCCUCACCAGCUGCAUCAGACGACGAGUCAAAAUCGAGAACAAAUGCCAAUGGCAACAGAAAGCACAGAGCAGCAUCGCGGGGCCAGCGUGACAAGGACGUGAAGGAGCCUGACGACCAGGAAGCCGAGCAGGCAGAAGCUGCAAGCCGGAGGAAAGGACGAGGCGAUAGGCGGAAAGGCGAAGGAGCCGAUUCGGAUCAUGAUAUAGUAGCGUCUCCGAUCAAAGCGACUGCGAAUGAAUCCGAACUUCCUCAACCAAGCCCUGACACCUCCGUCCCCGCUCCGGAUUCUGCUCCCCCGCGGCCGUCCACACGUAAAUCCGGAAGGCCACCUGCGCGGCGUGGUCGCGUGGGACGCAAUCAGUACACUCGGGACCGAGAUUUGAACGGGACCGGAACAGACUCGAACACGGGCAAUUCUCCACGUCGUGGGCAGUCACUUGAAAUGGCCGCAGACUCUCCGCGAAUCGGUACUAUCAGUACCCCAGUAAACGGCACGGACACUGGGAAGCCUAGUCGGCCUCGCUACGUCCACCAACGGACAACGAUGAAUGAAAUGAAAAGACGUGUAGCGGCUAUCUUGGAAUUCAUAUCACGGAUGCAAGUCGAAAUGGCUGUCGCAGGCGAGAGUACAACUCCGCCUGAACGAGCCAAUGGAACGGACCAGCAAACAAUCGGCGAUCAGCUGGAAAGCAUCCUGUCGAAGGGUGCAGAGGAGGGGUCCACAGAUAAUGUUGAUGGGGGCGCAAUCCUUGGCGGCAUUCCACUGCCAUCAGAAAAGGACUUCAGGGCCUUGAGCAGUGUCGAAAUGAUGGAUGUGCUCACCCGCCAUCUACUCAAAUGGCAGCAAGAAUACGGCAAGUUCGGUGAGAGGUGA